GGUCGUUCGACGGGCAGGGAGUGAGGUUUCCAAUGCGCCGGAGGGCCAUCUUUUCUCUUUGGAGAAAAGUGCGACUUUCUUGCUCGCGCGCAUGGUCUUCGUCAUCGGUACAAUCAGGGUUUGGGGGCGGAAGGACUUACGGAUAAACCUACGGAUAACACGAACAAUCAUCAUCACGAAUAGACGCCAUGACUACUUCAUCCCAACAAUAUUGCCUUCGAUGGAACAAUCAUCGUUCAAAUCUCUUGAAUGUUGUUGACGAACUGCUACAGAACGAAUCAUUCACCGAUUGCACCCUUGCUGUCGAUAGUGGCCUAACAGUUAAAUGUCAUAAAAUCGUUCUGGCCGCUUGCUCUUCCUACUUCCGUACUCUCUUCAGCGAACUGAUAUGCAAGCAUCCGAUAGUCGUGUUGAAGGAUGUCAAUUUUGGAGAAUUGAAAGCGAUAUUGCAAUAUAUGUAUCGCGGCGAAGUGAACGUGGCGCAUAAAGAUUUGAGCGGUCUGCUAAAGGUCGCGGAGACGCUGAAGGUGAAGGGAUUAGUGAACGAGCACGGGAGUUGCAGCGACAUGGCGCGAGAUACGUCACCGCCGCCGAACAUUAGCACCAGCACCGGCGCGGCUCACAGCAGCGACCACCCGUCACCGCCGAAUUCCACCAGUGUCUGCUAUUCUCUUUACGACAAACCACUCACUCCCCUCGAACCGAGUCGCCUCGCGAGCUCGGGGUGGCCGCUGCCGCUAUCCCUGCAUUCCGGCGCGAGUCAUCAGCCGACCUCGCUCUCCUCCGCCACCCUGAGCGGCUACGACAACGGCUACGAGUUCCCGUCGUUCAAACGCCAAAAGUUGCUGCAACAAUCGGCAAUGUUAAUGAGCAAUGAUACACCUAUACUACGUACGGUGCUCGGUCAAACUCACGCCGACAAUUCGCAAGCUAUACCACUCUUGCGAACGGAUAACCACGAAUCGGUGAAUUUUCGCAACACGAACAGCAAUGGAUCUACGAAUGACAAUGAAAGUCGCCGCAACAACGAUCUGGCCCACGGCGAGAGGCCCCACAGUCCGCCGUUCGCCGACGCUCAGUACACCGAUGAAAGCGAGAAACGAUCACCACCGCAGUCAUAUCCAGUCGUGGACACCAAGUCAGGUAUUGCGGAUUGCGUCGCACCGAAACCCGAAUGGAAGCGCUACAAGCAGUACACCCGGGACGAUAUCACCGCGGCGAUUGCAGCGAUCUACAUUUACUACCUGCUAUGCAUAGCAGCAGUGGACUUGACCUCCGACUCGGAGAUUACUACGACGAGAAGCCGGGUUUGUCCACCAGAAUGCAUUUGCCUUUCUCCGAAACAGGUACUCUGCAACACAGGCGGCCUCGAGGACAUCCCGGCGCAGCAGCUGCCGGAAACCGUGGAGGAGCUGUCGCUGACGAAGAACAACUUUCCGGUGAUAAAGGGUGACGCGUUCGGCGGCCUUCGAGUCCUACGUAAGCUCAUUUUGGACGGCAACAACAUCUCCUCGAUACGGCCGUUCGCGUUUCGCGGUCUGAACCGGCUGCGCGAGCUGUCGAUCCAGAACACUCCGCUACCGUGUAUCGAGAAGUUCUCGUUCGCCGCCCUGCAGAACAUCUCGGUGCUGCUGCUGGCGAACAACAAGAUCCGCUACGUCGAGGGCUACUCGUUCGCCGGCACGUCCAACGUCAAUGUGAUCCUGCUGAGCAACAAUCCGCUACUGACCAUCCGCAGCCACGCGUUCGCCGGUCUCACCAACGUUAACAAUCUCAUCUUCCCACCGGGUAUUCGGGCGAUCGAGCAGGACGCCUUUGACGGUCUUCAGCACGUCGGUCAACUCAAGCUCGGCUACAUGGACCUGUCCGGGUUACAGAGCUACACCUUCCGCGGCCUGUCGCACGUGCACUCGAUCUUCAUUCAGGAGAGCGACCUCGGCGUGGUGCAGAGGAACGCGUUCGCCGGCCUGACGCACGUCGGCUACCUCAACGUGCUCAACAACAAGAUCGAUCUGAUCGAGCGUCUACACCUGCGCUCCGAGAACUACAUCGAGGUCCUGCGUUUUCACGGGAAUCACGUGCUGGAGGCCCCGCGUCACGCCAGGGACGUCAUCCUCGAGGUGGACAUGGUCAGCGCGAUCGAUAAUCACUUCCCAUGCGACUGCCAGGCGCACAACGUUCUCGAGAGCGACUUUGCGCGCGGUAACAGCGUCGAAUUCCAGCGUCGUAAUUACUGCAUCUCGCCGUUCGAGUACAACGGCAAACCGAUGAACGUCGUUGACUUCGACCUCGUCGCGCGAUGCCACGACAACGUGAUCCAGGACAACCUGGGCUCGGGCGUCGUCGAGGUGUCCCGUUUCUCGGCGCUGUUGCUAAUUGUCUUCCUGUUCUCGACAAACUUCUUUCGAUGAGCGUUCUUUCGGCUUUCCGAUCGACUUCGAUGAUGAUGAUUUCCACGCUCUCCCUUAGAUGCUCAAAGCGAUGACGAGAAAACGAAUGAAGAGAUAUUUGUGUGCGCGCUUGCUCUUAUACGGCUUGAUCUCAAAGGAUCUUCUUCUUUUGUUACCUUUUCAUCGCAGCACAAUAGUCUGGUAAAAUUAUCUCUGAACAAGAUGUCUUGUAAUAUGAAUACAUUAUAUUAAGUAUUAUUAUAAUAUCAUUAAUCAUUAUAAAAUAUCUUUCAUGACUUGGCACAAUUGCGAAAAGAAAUUUGCAUCAUAACACGCUAGGAAAGGAGAAAAAUAAUUUCGCACACAGAACAAUCGACGAAAAACAAGUCGCGAACUUUAAUUAAAUCCGCAAGGUUAUAAUUAAUAAACGAAAUCUCAGCCCAUAAUAUAUUCGAUAAAUGGAAAUGACAUGAAAAAACAUGAAAAGAUAUGAAAAGAGAUAGAGAUCUAAUUUCUUUAUAGA